AUGUCAUCUCUCGGAACCGUGUAUUCUUACCCCAACAACCCUCGUACAAUGAAGAUCCAAGCCGCGGCUGCCUUCAACAACAGGACCAUUGAUCUCUUUCCCGAUUUCGUCAUGUUCAAAACCAACCGAACUCCCGAAUUUCUCUCCGACUUCCCACUUGGUCGUGUCCCAGUAUUCAAGGAUGCUAACUCCUUCCAACUCUUCGAAUCGGAUGCUAUUACCCAGUAUGCCGCUGAAAGUGGCCCUGCUAUGAACCAAUUACUAGGAUCAAAUAUCAAAUCACGCGCGACCAUUCGUCAAUGGAUAUCUUUUGCUAAUAAUGAGAUCUUUGAACCUAUCACUACGCUUAUCUUCUGGAGAUAUGGAUUUGUGCCAUUUGAGAAAGAGCAGAGGAUGAAGCUAUGA